AGUGUGUGCAAGAAGUCUGGUCCCCAGCUUUAAAAUUCUGGACUACACCGCGUGCUGACCUCUCCUCUCCCCCCAGUGGUGGCUAGCCCUUCCCAAGUGGGCAGUUGUCUCCUCCCUGUCCAGCCCAGCAGCCCAGCAGCGGUCGUCCUGCGCCCAGCUGGGCUACAAGUGGCGAGUGCUGCAGCCUUGCGCAGCGUGCUCUGCACACUAGCGUCUUGGCUUGCGGCUCCGCGGGCUCUACGAAGUUGAAAAGCUAGCUGUUGCCUGUGGCAUCUUCCGCGGGCCCCCAGCUCCCUGCCUCGCCUUCUCCCUUCCCUCCGGAGCAGAGGGUCCUAGUGAGCCAGCAGCCAGCAGCCCUCUCAGGGUCUUCCUGCCUGAAGUGCAACUAUGCUGCUAGGGGGAAUCCUGCUGGUAGUGCAAGCCUUGCAGCUUUCCAAUGCCCUGGACCUGCCCGCUGGCUCCUGUGCCUUUGAAGAGGGCACUUGUGGCUUUGAAUCGGUGUUUGCAUUUCUGCCUUGGAUUCUAAAUGAGGAAGGCCAUUAUGUGUAUGUGGAUACCUCUUUUGCCAAGCAAGGGGAGAAAGCUGUGCUGCUGAGCUCUGAUUUGCAGGCUGAGGAAUGGAAUUGCCUUCGCCUGGUCUACCAGAUAACCGCACCCCUGGGCUCUGUAUCACAUCCCAGCCAGCUGAACCUCUACUUGAGAUUUGAGGAUGAAAGUUUUGAUCGAUUGCUUUGGUCUACUAAGGAGCCAUCAGACAGCUGGCUCAUAGCCAGUCUGGAUCUUCAGAACAGCUCCAAGAAAUUCAAGAUUUUGAUAGAAGGUGUCCUGGGACAAGGAGACAUGGCCAGCAUUGCCCUCUUUGAAAUCAAGAUGACAGCCGGCUACUGUAUUGAAUGUGACUUUGAAGAAAAUCAUCUCUGUGGCUUUGUGAACCGAUGGAAUCCCAACGUGAACUGGUUUGUUGGAGGAGGAACUAUGAAGAACACCCACUCCAUCCUCCCACAGGAUCACACGUUCAGGAGUGAGCAGG